ACACAUUUUAAACAAGUUGUUUUUGAAAUUUCGUUCACUUUUCAUUCAAUAGGCUUGGAUUGAAUUUGGAAAAUCAACAAAAUGGACAAGCCCCAGUUGAUUGAGCACUUGAAUGCGUCCGUUAAUUACACGGUGUACGACACAAAAUGGAUUCCACUGUCUGCCAAGUUUGUGGUGCUGGGCUCAAAGGCGAACAGCCAAGGCGUUAUGGACAUCUACGAGCUGAACGAGGGCGAGCUGGUCAAGGUGAAGACUGUGGAGAAGAAGGUGGCCUUUAAGUGUGGCACAUUCGGAGCUUCUUCAUUGCGGAACCGGCACAUUGCCAUUGGAGACUUUGAGGGGCGGCUGCAAGUGCUUGACAUGGAGCGUCCCGAACUGCCGGUGUACAAUGUUAAGGCCCACACGGGCAUCAUCAACACCAUCGAUGCCAUUGGCGGCAACCAGGUCGACUGUGGUGCCCCAGAAAUCGUCACUGGCAGCCGUGAUGGCGCGGUCAAGGUGUGGGACAUACGACAGGGACAGUCUCCAGUGGUGGACAUCUCACCGCCACCCCAAAUGGGUGACGGCAUCAACCAAAAGAGCGCCCGGCGCGACUGCUGGGCCGUUGCCUUUGGCAACACCUUCAAUUCCGAGGAACGAAUCGUGGCAGCUGGCUAUGACAACGGAGACCUGAAGCUCUUCGAUCUGCGCUCGCUCUCCGUGCGCUGGGAGGCAACCAUGAAGAACGGCAUUUGUGGCCUGGAGUUUGAUCGCCGUGAUAUACCCAUGAAUAAGCUGGCAGUAACCACGCUGGAGGGAGGACUUCUCAUCUACGAUAUGCGCUACCAGCAUCCGACUAAGGGAUUCAGCUACGUGGAGGAACGUAAUGCCGGCCGUAGCGUGGGCACCAACGGUGUCAUCAGUGGCCCCAAAGCGACUGUCUGGGUGGCUCGUCAUUUGCCACAGAACCGCGAUAUCUUCCUCACUGGCGGUGGCACUGGCUCCAUACGUCUUUGGCAGUACGAGUAUCCCGACAAGCGCGUUGUCGAGGACGCAGAUGGCGAAAAAACGGGCGUGGCUGGCACACUGCACAUGGUCAGCGCUGCCACACUGAGCUCCCAGCCCGUGCACUGCUUCGACUGGCAUCCGGACAAGCUGGGCCUGGCCGUCUGUGGGGCCUUCGAUCAGAGUGUUCGAGUCCUCAUCACCACCAAGCUGAACGUACUUUAAACCAUUUUUUCGUGAUAAUUCUUUCUUUUCUGAUGUCCCUUCAUAUGGCAACACUUCAACACAAUGCGGAAACACAUGCCACACACAGUUGACAUCCAAGAGGUCCUUCUUUUGCAGACAGACACACACACAAGGGCACAAUUUAGUAUGUAAAGAACUAAGAUUAAAUCUAGGCCAGAGACAGGCUAAACCGAG